AUGCGUCUGCACCCGCAUGGUAUCGGUGCCAGCUACGUCGGGAGCGUUCACUGGGCCGCCGUCCUCGAAAGUAUCUCAGAGCUUAGAGACCACUACGAGGAGGAGGAGGAGGCCCGGAUGCUGGCCACCAGCGACCAUGUACUACUCCAAUGCCCUGGCCCUCGACUGCUAUACGAGCCCGUCCAAGCCACAAAAGCCCAUCUUCUUGCUUCAAUCCCGGCCCGGCCCGUUGUGGACCGCAUGGUCGCACGGUAUUUCAACGCACAAGGGGUUGUACCAGGAAUACUUCACAGUGGACAUUUUCUCCGAGAGUACCAGAAGUUCUGGCAGGAGCCAGCUGUCAUGCCGUGCAUCUGGAUUGGACUCUUAUUUAGCGUAAUGUGCGUCGCCACAUUAUACCAACAGUCGAUCGAGGACCCGGCAGAUCCGGAAACUCCAGAACGCGUGCGCGUGUUCCGGGAACAGACUCUUCACAGCCUGGUCCUAAGCCAGUACACCAGAGGCGGUGAAUACGUGCUAGAAACCAUGAUCAAUUAUCUCAUCUGUGAGUCGUUCAUGUCCCAGGAUACCGAGAUCGGGCUCUGGCUUGUACAAGGCAUCAUCGUGCAGCUUGCCCUGAGCCAGGGCUACCACCGAGAUCCCCAGAAGUUCCCCAGCAUUUCCCCAUUUGCCGGUGAGAUGCGGCGGCGGGUGUGGGCCAUCAUCGUGCAGAUGGAUCUUCGUCUUUCAAGCCAGAUGGCGCUGCCAUGCGUACUCAAGUUGCAGCAGUACGACACAGCUGAGCCGCGGAACCUGCUGGACACAGAUUUCGAUGACGCUACCGUCGAGCUGCCCCCAUCGCGUCCCGAGACUGAGGUCACGCCCGUGCUCUACAGCUUGGCCAAGGGCAGGAUAGACAAGAUGACGGGGCUAGUCAACGACGUCGUCAACGACACCCAGGAGCACCCGUACACGGAGAUUAUGGAGCUGGACCGAAAGCUGCAAGAGGCCGAGGCCUCACUGCCACCAAUCUUCCGAUGGCAGCCUCUCAGCCAAUCCUUCAUGGUGGCACCCCAGAUCGUCAUGCACCGCGUGUUGCUCCAGCUCGCCAUACAGAGGCUGACAAUUUGGCUUCACCGCAAGUACCUCGCGCCGCCCUAUACCCAGCCGCGCUACCAAUACUCACGUAACGCUUGUGUCCAGGCGGCCAUCAAGAUCCUGGAGUUCCAGCAGAUAGUGCUGGAGGAAACACAGGGAGAUGGGCUGCUGUAUUCCGCGAGGUGGGCGCGGUGGAUGCUCCUGUCCUCGCGGCCGCGGGCCGUCUUCUUGCUGGGCGUAAGCAUCCUCUGCUACUAUAUACAGCUGGCCAAGUCCCGACCGGACGUUUCCCUAGACCAGGGCACGGGCGCUAAGAUUCACAAUCUUCUGCGCAACGCGUAUCCCCUCUGGCUGCACUCGACCACCGUAUCUCGGGAAGCCCGGCGGGCGAUUGACCACCUGAGCCUCAUGUUAGGGCUGCAGGAACAGGAAAGCGGCACACCUUUCACUGGCUCUGCCACUGCCACGCCUCAGGACACAGAAAUGUCGCUUGACCAGUUCACCUGGGACGCAUUCGAAGAGUGUAUCGCCAAUUUCCCAGCAUCGACAGCAUUCGGUAGUGAAUUUAUGGGGCCGAGCCUGCCCAGUUCCUCUUCAGCGACGAGCAUCUCUACAGCGGAUCUACUGUCAAUGAACUUGAACACCCCAGAGUCGGGCGGCUGGAUGGACAGAGGAGCCUUUAAGCCAUGA